GUGAUGAUUUUGACCAGAAGAUAAAUUUGGCUGGUUACCUUAGUAACAAUCCAGCCCCAAAAAAACAGACUCUCGCAGUGAGAGCCGUAGACAACAUGGAAGAGCUGGAUUUGUUGUUGGAGGAGUUGGCCUUCAAUUCAGAGCGUCCAGAGAGUGUCAAUGAAAACAGGAGCAAUAAUCCACCUGAUGGAGAGGUGACAGGUGAUAUUUAUUCUGCACUGAACAAGAAAGGAAAAGGCCUAGUCUGCUCAAAUAUCUACAGUGAUCUGCCUGCUCCUGUGGCAGUUUCCCCAACCCCCAGCUCACCUACUCAGGAGCUGGAAUCCAUCCUGCAGGAUCUGAUGAGCAUGGGAGAAGAGGAUCCCGAGUCUUCUACAACCCCACCACCUCUGACACAGAAGCAAUCGAUAAAAAAUAAAACACAAGUUGGGAAACAGGAGAACAAGGAGAGCAGCACAGCAGGUUCAGAAGCGAAGGGUUCGACCUCGAAGAAGAAUACAGACGCUAUAGAUGACCUGCUUGGAAGUCUGAGCUCUGACCUGGAGAAGAUCGGCGUGCGCACCACAGCCAAGGGCCAUUGUGCGUCCUGCAACAAAUGCAUUGUGGGAAAGAUGAUAACCGCACUGGGUGAGGUGUGGCACCCUGAACACUUUGUGUGUGUGACGUGUAAGACGGAGCUGAGCACCACAGGCUUCUUCGAGAGGGAGGGUCGACCAUAUUGCCACAAAGACUACCAUCAGCUCUUCUCUCCUACCUGUGCGUACUGCAAGGGGCCAAUAAUGAAGAACAUCCUGACAGCUCUGGACCAGACCUGGCACCCUGAGCACUUCUUCUGCGCACACUGCGGAGGCCUCUUUGGACCUGAAGGUUUUCUAGAAAAGGAUGGGAAGCCGUAUUGUUGCAGGGACUUCUACCAACUCUUCGCUCCCAAGUGCUCUGGCUGUGGAGAGUCAGUGAAGGAGAACUACCUGACUGCAGCCAAUGGCACCUGGCACCCAGAGUGCUUUGUGUGCGCGGACUGCCUGAAGCCCUUCACUGACGGCUGUUUCAUGGAGCUGGAUGGUCGACCCCUCUGCUCGCUGCACUUUCACUCCCGGCAGGGGACUCUGUGCGGAGGCUGCGGUGAGCCAAUCACAGGCCGCUGUAUCUCUGCUCUUGAUCACAAGUUUCACCCGGAGCACUUUGUGUGUGCUUUCUGUCUGCGGAAGCUCAGCCAGGGCGUCUUCAAGGAGCAGAAAGGGAAACCAUACUGCUCGAUCUGCUUUGACAAACUGUUUUUGUAACCGACAGAAAGUCAGCAGAUACCUUUUGAAUGCUUGAUCAGUCACUGUUAAGAUAAUCAUUUCAAUAUGGCAACUAUACUUUUCCAACAUUGGAUGCAUCACAUUGCAUAAUUAUUUUUGCUUACGUAAAAGUGAGCAAUAAAUGUUUUGCUUUUUUUUAGUGAUAAGCAUGCUGAUAGUAGCUGAGGUUGAUAUGACAUUUUAAGAGAUUUUGGAGGCUAGUAUGAUGGAAUAAAAAUGAGAGGAGUGUAACAUGAACUGUGACUCAUAUAAUAAAUAGAUUAUGUGAAAAUGCCAAGGGAAAAAGGCUUAUUGUAACAUGAUUAAUGACAUGGUUGUUAAACACAAGGAAAACACUCAUAUCCCAUUUUGAAGAACUGAAAAAACAUUUCACAUGUGUGAUAUUUGGAUGACUCUAAAAAGUGUGUUUCUGACACUUGGACUAAAUUUUACAGGAUGUCAUAUUUCAUGACACAAAAUCUAUAAAUGGAGAAAGAAAAACACAGAGGUGCAGUUUUAAUCCAUGGUUUCCAUUAAGUGAUCCUCAGUUUGCCAUCAACCUUGGCAGCGUGCAAACCCUCUCUGCAGUGCGGAGCUGUUGUCUGUCUGGCUGAUAGCUUGUAUUGGCAGUGACUGGCAUAGAAUCGGUGUGCCAGCCUGAGUUUCCUUUUACUCUGACUUACCAUUUGGCCCCCGGCAUGCAUGUAGGAUUCAAACAACCUCCUUAUUCUGCACACAGGCUCCUUUAUAGAUGCCUAUGGAAGAUUAAUGAAGGUGUUGAGUUGAAUAAAGGUGGUUUCAGAAGGAGCUCCUUUGCAUCACUGCAUCUCUUUGGUAGCUCACUUUUGACUGCUGAGGGAAGAAGCAGACGUAAAACAUUUAAGGGUUCAUUCAUGUUUAGAGAUGAAGAUCGUAUGUCUGGCCUUAGUUGUUAUGGCCUGCUCUUUUUCUAACUUCUUAUGAUUAAUUGUAUGGAUGGUACAGUAUUUUCAAAUGAGGCUCAUGAAAGAUGGGAAGGUUUGAUUUUUCUGUGCAGUGUUUUUGCAGUUUUUUAAAUAUUCUUUAAUAUUAUUUUACUUUUGUAAAUAUUGAACAACGAAGGUAUGCAUAAAGUUACAAAAUGCACAUAAACCUCUUAAUGACAAAAUGCUGUCUUAGAUGUGAUUUGCAUAAAGAUUUGUUGCUAAAGUUG